CUUUAUAAGAUGCUGAAGAUAAUGUUGACAACGUUAUGCAAUUAUUUCAAACAUCAAUUUUGAGAGCAAACAUCCGUUGCAGAUGGUUUUUAGAUUUACUUCUGAUAUCUCCAUGGAAACCUUUUCAAAAUCAACAUUGCUCUUAAAGCUGAAUAUCGAUUAACAAAAGUUAAAGCAAAAUGAUUCUCUCAAGAACUAAAUCUGAUUCAGCCAGUAGUGCUCGUCUGUCUGCAGGAAAUGGAGCAGUUAAAAAGCGUUCUCUACCACAAUUUGAUGACUUUUUGCUCAAGAGGGACUACACUGGAGCGAAAACCCUUUUGGAGUUUACAAAACCCAAGGAUAGUCCAGUUGACUGGAAUAGGGAACUCUGGGGGGCUUUCUGUGCCUUCCAUUUGGGCGACUACAGGAAGGCUUUGGAGCAGUAUGAGGUCAUUCGAAAGGGUUCUAAGGGUGCAGUUCCGGCAAAUGAAGUGGACAUCAAUAUUGCUGUUUGUAUGUUCUACUUGGGAAUGUAUGAGGAAUCACUGAAGUUGGUGGAAAGCAUUCCCAAUACUCCCUUGAAGAUUCGCAUAUUAUUCCAUUUGGCCAAUAAAGUUGGGGAUGAGGAUCGUUUAAUGGAGUUACAUGGGUCACUCAGGGAUGUCACGGAGGAUCAACUGAGCCUAGCUGGAAUGCACUAUCUGCGAGCGCAUUACCAGGAAGCUAUCGAUAUCUACAAGAGAAUCCUCUUAGAUAACAAAGAUCUUCUAGCUGUCAAUGUGUACGUGGCUCUGUGCUACUACAAAUUGGACUAUUAUGAUAUAUCCCAGGAAGUGCUGGAUCUCUAUCUGACUCAACAUCCAGAUAGCACAAUAGCCAUUAACCUAAAGGCAUGCAAUCGCUUUAGGCUGUACAAUGGGCGAGCAGCUGAACAGGAGAUUCGUGGCUUGGUGGAUAGUGGAAGUUUUGGAGCGGAAUUGCUGAGGCACAAUCUUGUGGUUUUUGAGGGUGGUGAUGGAGCUCUUCAGGUUCUGCCUAAUCUUGUUGAUAUUAUCCCAGAGGCACGCCUCAAUCUGGCAAUUUACUAUCUCCGCAGAGGAGAUAUACAUGAAGCUCAUCAGUUGAUGAAGGAAGUUCAGCCAGCCGUUCCACAUGAAUACAUUCUUAAGGGUGUCGUUCAUGCUGCUCUUGGGCAACAGAUUCGUUCGAAAGAACACAUCAAAAAUGCCCAACAGUGUCUUCAUCUGGUUGGUGGAUCAGCUUCUGAGUGUGAUACAAUACCCGGACGUCAGGCAAUGGCAUCAGCUUUCUUUCUGUACUCACAAUUUGAGGAAGUUCUUGUGUAUCUGAAUUCCAUUCGAAGUUAUUUUGUUAACGAUGACACCUUCAAUUUUAACUAUGCUCAGGCCAAAGCUGCCACGGGAUAUUUUAAGGAGGCUGAAGAACUUCUUCUGCAGAUAACUGAUCCUGCUAUUCGGGGAGAACAUACGUGGUCAAUGGUCUUGGCAAGAUGUCACAGUCAGUGUGGUCAUGCUGAUCAAGCUUGGAGUCUUUUUGUCACAAAAGAUUCCACACCUGAAGCUUUUGCUCUGCUUCAGCUGAUUGGGAAUGAUUGCUACAGAGCUGGAGAGUUUUGGGUGGCUGCCAAGGCAUUUGAUAUGCUAGAAAAAUUAGAUCCAAAUCCUGAACACUGGGAGGGAAAGAGAGGAGCAUGUGCAGGAGCUCUACAGGCCAUUAUCGCUAAAAGACCUAAUGGAGGACCUCCGGGUGGAGUUAGUGACAUAAUAUCACUUUUGAGGGAUUCCACGAACUCUCAAGCUGAGUCCAUGACGAGAACAAUUCGCAGGUUUGCCAGUUCAAUCAAGUAAAAUUCUGUCAAUUGGGACAUAAUUAAUUUUAAAAGAAGGACAUGAAAGAAUAGGACAAAGUUUUGCUCAACAUUAGGGUAAAUUAAGCUAAUUCAAAACCUGCUCCAUAUGGAGAUUUUUCGCUAUUCCAAAUGGAAACGUCACUGUUUUCAUGAUAAAUAAAGUACUAAAUUACUAUAUUUAUAUAUUUUCUAUACCACAGUUUCACUAUUUAGUUAAUUUUGCUCCAAAUAAAGCGAAAAUCCAUUCAUAUUCACAAAUUUUAAUUUGUUAAUUUCUCAGAAAAAUUAAAAGUGUACCUUUUCACAAUCGAAUUUUUCAUAGAUCGACCAUGUUUUCCAAUGAAAAACACAAUGAGGUGACUGUUGUUUAUUCGUUUUGUUUAACAUUUAUGACAUAUUUCUGGCUAAUUUUAGUUAAAUUAAGUGCUAAUCUUUAUUGUUAACGGUAUGUGAAGUUUUCAAAUGAAAUAAUUACCUAUUUCGUGAACAAAAAGGGUUUUUCUGAAGUGUCUGCAAAUGCUUCAAUAGGAAACCCCGGAAAUAUGUUUUUUUGUAGAGAUUUUCUUAUUGUUUUAGAUAGGAAAGGAAAAAGAUCAGAAAUAAGAACAAAUCCUACACUCAAAAGCAACUCACCAAGGUUUUGGAAGCCUUUUGAUGCGGUUUCACUAACACUGUUUGUCUCCAAUUAGAUACUUUCCUUGUCUCCAUUUGGAUUAAUUUGUUUCCAAUAGAAGCAUUUUACGCUCGCGUAUUUUUCAUGUAUUUAAGAAGUUUUCAAAUUAUAUCUAAAGAAAUUUCACUAAACAGUAACAUUCUAGAAGAGUCAAGGAGCAAAUUUAUGUAAUUCUCUUCAGAAAAAAAUGAACUUAAUGUCUUGAAUCUUCUGUCAAAGUUAAAGCGCCUGGAAAUGGUUUUGAAUUAGGACAUUUACCCUACCGAUUUUUUUUUAAAAUUAGAAUCUUGCACAAUCUGGUGGUUCAAAGGGGAUGGAUGCGAUUACAUAGCCUCUCCAUUCCAAUUCCUAUGCCCACCUCCACGUCGGUGAACCACGGACUGCAAACACGUUGUUUGCAGACAAACGGGCAAGGGAUCCCUGAAUCGAAUGGAUUCAGGGAUGAAGGAACUCAGUUAGAGUGUCACAAACAAUCUGGUCGACUGGGUUCCUUUGAGUCGGGUGUUCUCAAAGCUGUGAGGAAAUGCACCAGGUACGUUUAUGAAGUGUAACAAUGGAGUAAGGUGAAUUCAAUUGGAUUUGAUGAAUCCAGAUGGUGGAAGCUUUUGGAACUUCCACAGUUGUAUUGACCUUUACGCCAUUGUUACCCAAAUAAUGAUGUAUCUGGAAACACUGUCUAUAGCGGCUUUGAAAAGACCUGAUGCCCUCAGAGGUGUCAAAUUGCACGUAGUCGAAGGUUUUGUGACCUUUUAUGUGAAUUUGAAACUCCGAUGGCCUACCGGGCGCAAUGUUGCCCAAAGGGACAUCUGAAUAGGGCACGGAAAAAGAGGCUAAUACCCUCAUGGAGCUGAGGCCAACACCCUCAGGGAAAUUACAUUCUGCAUUUGCGGAGAAUUCGGCGCAAAUGUAGAAGCAUAUCUGUCCUUUUGGGAUACCUGAGCUGGUCUUCAAGCGCAGAUUGAGUUUGGAGAGGAGAAAGCUUAGGUACCAAAAGGAUGCAAAGAUCUGAGAAUUACGGUUGUCAAGGAUAGGGACGGUUGUCGGCCUAAUCAUUGACAACUGCGGAAUAAUUGCCCUUUCGUGAGGAAAGGGCGGAAUAAUUGCCCUUUCGUGAGGAAAGGGUGGAAAUUUGGCCUACGGCGGUGCAAAUUGCUGUAGGUUGGAAUUGCAAUGUCAAAUGAAGGGCAAGCUGAGCAGAACGGCUUGCAUCAUUUGCCAUUGACAGUUUUGAGCCGUCUAUCGAAACGGAUAGAUGGGACCCCAUAAGAACAAAAAAUCAAAAAAAAAAUAAAUAAAACUUAGAUGUAAAAAGGUUGUGCAAGGUUUUAAUUUCCAAAGUUAUGUUUUUUUUUUAAAUCACAAUAAUUACACUUUUCUUUAAAUUACGAAAGCAAGCAGUAAGAAGAGUAUGAAGUAGCAGUUCCGUUGAUUUCUAAAUUACUUUUGUCCUAUUCUUUUUGGUUUAACAUGUUAGUUUCUGAAUAAAAUUUCAAAGCAACCACAACAAA